UAGCGUUGUUUUUCCGGUGUUCUUCAAGCCCCCUAUACGUCUCUCUCUCGCUGCUUGAUACUCUGUUUCUUGUUUUGGGUCUCCAUUUUAAGCCAGAAAUCAUGGGUAAAGGUCCAGGACUCUACACCGAAAUCGGCAAAAAGGCCAGAGAUCUUCUAUACAGGGAUUACCAGGGGGACCAGAAGUUCACCAUCACGACCUAUUCGCCUACUGGAGUUGCAAUCACAUCAUCUGGAACGAAAAAAGGUGAAAUAUUCCUCGCUGAUGUGAAUACACAAUUAAAGAGGAACAACAUCACUACUGAUGUCAAAGUGGACACCAACUCCAAUCUCUCCACAACCAUCACUGUUGACGAAGCUGCACCUGGGCUUAAAACAAUACUCAGCUUCAAAGUUCCUGAUCAAAGGUCUGGCAAGCUUGAACUUCAAUACUUGCAUGACUAUGCUGGAAUCUGCACAAGUGUUGGGUUGACUGCAAACCCAAUAGUCAACUUUUCUGGUGUGGUGGGAACCAAUGUUGGCUCAAUUGGAACCGAUGUUUCAUUUGACACCAAAACUGGAAAUUUCACCAAAUACAAUGCUGGAAUUAGCUUCUCUAAUGCAGAUCUUAUUGCUGCUUUGACCCUGAAUGACAAGGGGGACACGCUGACUGCAUCAUACUACCACAUUGUUAAGCCGUUGACCAACACAGCUGUAGGUGCGGAAGUCAACCACAGCUUUUCUAGCAAUGAAAACACGAUCACAAUUGGUAGCCAGCAUGCUUUGGACCCAUUGACCACGGUCAAAGCACGGGUGAACAACUUUGGGAAAGCAAGUGCAUUGAUUCAGCAUGAGUGGCGUCCAAAGUCUCUAUUUACCAUUUCAGGUGAAGUUGACACGAAAGCUGUUGACAAGAGUGCAAAGUUUGGUCUUGCAUUGGCUCUUAAGCCCUGAAUGAAUGAAUGAAUGAAUGGUAACAAGUUAAGUCUUCUAUGAGUUGAAGGGGUUUUGUUUUUGUUUUGUUUGGUGGGUAUAAAAAUAAUUAAAUUCCAUGAAUGUUGAUGUUUAGUUUACCAAAAUUUUCUGUUUACCCAUGUUAAACAUGGAUGGUAAUUGAUUGUCAAGUAUUGAGUCUUCUGUUUUCUGGCC